UCAGAAAUCUGUUCUGCACAGGUUUCCCUGAUUGUGUUGGUUCUUUGAGAUUGAACUGCUAUGAUUCCUGUCAUCUGCUGACCUGGUGAGGGUGAAUUUGCUGUUCUGCUCUUAAAGUUGCCGAGAUUCACAUCACCAUUUGGGUUUUUAACUUACAGCUCUCUGCUUCAGAGGCUAAAGGAACAUUGACGGAAACAGAACUUCUUGUUUUUGUAGUUACCAAACUUGUCCUGCAGCCCUGAAAUGAUGUCCUGACACGUUCAGGCCUUGAGCUGCAGCAAGAACCCAUGUAAAUGCCCUAAUUAUGGUGUUUUUUUCUUAACAUCUCUUGGAUUGGCUGUUUGAUCUUGAAAGAAUCAAAUCUGUGCAUGCAUGGCGAUCAGGAGUCUCUGUAUUGUGUCCUGAGCUGUGAACACACAUACUGCACGACUGCCAGAGGAAACAGUCAUCAGAGCCGAGCCUUGCGCAACCGCUGGGCAGAGAACUGCUCUUGUUACUGUACUGGCUGCAGUUACACUCGAAACAGCCGCAGGGAGAAGGAGGACAGAGCCAAGUGCAAUGGAAUAAAUUUGUGUAAGUUUUAGAUUUUUACAUGCAAGUUCACCUGAGGACAAAGAAUAUGAUUUAUCUAUUCCAGAUUGACCUGAGAAACUGAGCGGAAGACGACCAGUCUCGCUUUCAAAUGGUUAGGAUAUUAGUUUCUUAAAGCUUUUUGCUGUUUGGUUUCUACUGCAAAAUAAUGAACAAAGAUCGGGUUUGGAGCACCCAGGGAUAAACUAAACUCAUACCGCUCAGACACACUCGGUCCAGAAUGAGUGGCGGAAAGAAACGAAGUGGUUUUCAAAUCACCAGCGUCACGUCCGACUACAAUCAGGGUUCUGGAGAACUCCAUUCGGAGGAGCUGGGAACUCAAAGAGCCACGCCCCCUUCUGGCAGAAACCCCGCCCAUGGGAGGAGCCCCAGAAGCCAGACAUCAUCGCCCACUCAAAUCCUAUCCAAUGGGCUGUCCCUGCGCCAAAACCCCGCCCUCCAAAUGCUACAGAGCUCCAGUCACCCGAACACGCCCGUCAUGGCUAGGAAGCAGAAUUCGCUGGAUGCCACCGGGGCGUCACGUUUCCGCGUCGUGCGUUUGGAUCAAGGACCGGGCGAGCCAUAUAAACGCGGCCGUUGGACAUGUGUCGAUGUGAUGGAGAGGGAAACUGAGGAGCGGGGUCUCCGCCAAGUGAUUGACAGCAUGAGACACGCCCACUCUUUGGAGUCCUUAGAGAUGAUCGGGCUGGGCGGAGCCGAAGGAGCGGUAGGCGGAGCCAGACUCAAACCGUUGGCCGUGCACUUAGGUCACUUGGUACACUCACAGGGCACCACCCACCUACUGACAGACUCCGCCCACAGCGGCCCGCCCUCACCCACACACGACCAGUGUGACUCACAGCCAAUCAUUUCGCCGAACACGCCCCGGACACGCAACAUACCUGCCCCGCUGCGGCUCGACUUAGAUGCCGUUGGAAAGCUUCGGACCACACGCUCUCAGCCGGUGUCUCCCAGACCGCACCUGGGUCGGGAAAGUGCCUUCCAUCCCGCUCUGACGCCCAUCCAGACGCCGUCCGCCCUCGCACUGGCACAGUCCAUGUUCGGAAUGGGACAAGCGUUUGAGUUCGUGGGAGACGACGGCGGAACUAACAGCAGCAUGAUCGCCAUCGACAACAAGAUAGAGCAAGCCAUGGACCUGGUGAAGUCUCACCUGAUGUUGGCGGUUCGAGAGGAGGUGGAGGUGCUGAGAGAGCAGAUCAAAGAGCUGUCAGAGAGAAACGCUCAGCUAGAGAGAGAAAACUACAUCCUGCGAGCCCUCAGGGACAGAGACUGAGCCAAUCACAUGACACUCACACCAGUGCAUCAUGGGAGAUGUAG